CCAAGAUUUGCUCCCUCCUCAGCUCAAAUCCCCUUCCUCCGCUCGACCGCUCUGUCGCUCGCGAGCUCCGGCGAUGGCCAAAAAGACGGCGGGGCGGCAGCGGAUCGACACGACGAAGCUGAUAGAGGACCGCGCCCAGCGGCAGGUGACCUUCUCGAAGCGCCGCCCGACGCUCUUCGCCUACGCCGCCGACCUCUCUGCGUGCUUCGGCGUCGACACGGCCGUCGUCGUCUUCUCCGAGAGCGGCAGCGCCUUCGCCUUCGGCAGCCCCUCCGUCGACGCCGUGCUCCGCCGCCACAAAGACGACGGCAGCGAGCCGCUCCCCGGCGACGCCGCUCUUGAUCUCGGCGACCUGGCGGCGAGGCGGCGGGAGCUCAAGGAAGCCGAGGCGCUGGCGGCGGCGGAGAAGGCGCGGAUGAAGGCUAUCGGAGGCAAGGUGAAGCUGGCCGUGGCGGAGGCGGGGAGGGCGGGGUGGUGGGAGGCCGACGCGGGGGCGCUCGGGGAGGCGGAGCUGCCGGAGUUCGAGAGGGCGCUCCGGAAACUCAGGGACGCCGUCCGCUGCCUCGUCGACAAGAAGGCCGCUCCGUUGUCCGCCGCCGACGCGCCUGCGUGA